AAUAAUCGUAAGAAGUUGAAUGAAACUCACUGCUGUUUCAGCAGUCCAUAUAAUUUCUUUUUCGCUCGAAAUUAUUAAUUUAUAAUAGAACGAUUAUGUCGGACCCCGAGGAUGAUUUCAUGUGCGAGGAGGAGGAGGACUACGGACUGGAGUACUCGGAGGAUUCAAACUCAGAGCCUGAUGUGGAUUUGGAGAAUCAAUACUACAAUAGUAAAGCACUGAAGGAGGAUGACCCUAAGGCCGCCCUGGCGAGUUUUCAAAAGGUUCUUGAUCUCGAGAAUGGGGACAAAGGUGAAUGGGGAUUCAAGGCUCUCAAACAGAUGAUUAAGAUAAACUUUAAGCUGAAUAAUUACAAAGAGAUGAUGGCGAGGUACAAACAAUUGUUGACGUACAUCAAAAGUGCUGUCACGAGAAAUCACUCUGAGAAAUCGAUAAAUUCGAUUUUGGAUUACAUUAGCACCUCGAAAAACAUGGAAUUGUUGCAAGAUUUUUAUGAAACCACCCUGGAUGCUCUCAAAGACGCUAAGAACGACCGAUUAUGGUUCAAGACAAACACGAAGCUGGGAAAAUUGUACUUUGAUCGAUCAGAUUUUAAUAAAUUAGCGAAAAUAUUGAAACAAUUACAUCAGAGUUGCCAGACUGAUGAUGGGGAGGACGAUUUGAAGAAGGGCACACAACUACUGGAGAUCUAUGCCCUUGAAAUUCAGAUGUACACAGCUCAGAAGAACAAUAAAAAAUUGAAGACACUGUACGAGCAGAGUUUGCAUAUUAAGAGUGCCAUUCCACAUCCACUCAUUAUGGGCGUUAUAAGAGAAUGUGGGGGUAAAAUGCAUUUGAGAGAGGGGGAGUUUGAACGGGCGCACACGGACUUCUUCGAAGCUUUCAAAAAUUACGACGAGUCGGGCUCCCCGAGGCGUACGACGUGCUUGAAAUACCUCGUUCUUGCCAACAUGUUAAUGAAGUCGGGAAUAAAUCCCUUCGACUCCCAAGAGGCAAAGCCUUACAAAAACGACCCAGAAAUAUUAGCAAUGACGAAUCUGGUCGUCAGUUAUCAGAAUAACGACAUCAAUCAGUUCGAGUUAAUCCUCAAGCAAAAUAGGAAUAACAUUAUGGACGAUCCAUUUAUCAGAGAACACAUUGAAGAUUUAUUACGUAAUAUUCGAACUCAGGUGUUGAUCAAGCUCAUUAAGCCUUACACACGGAUUCAUAUACCUUUUAUCAGUAAAGAGUUGAAUAUUGAUGUUUCGGAGGUGGAGAGUCUCCUCGUGUCUUGUAUUCUGGAUAGUACUAUUCGAGGACGUAUCGAUCAGGUGAAUCAAGUUCUCGAGCUGGACAAAAAAUCCCUCGGCGCUGCUCGCUACAAUGCCCUAGACAAAUGGACAAGUCAACUUCACUCACUCCACCUGGCUGUGGUAAACAAGAUGUCCUAAGUUGAACUGUGACUCAAAAAACAUUAGCUAUUACCACUGUGAAUACGAAAUGAGCUCCAGUUAAACUCUGACAUCCUCAUCUAAAUUCAAGAGCUAAAUAAUAACGAGAAGGGUGAGGGCAAGAGAAUAAUGAUAAAUAAAAUUCAGCGUGAUAUUUUCUACUUAAAGAAGGAAAAAGCGAAAGAGGAAAAUUUAAGAAACAUACGUCGGCUGAGUGAACCUCAUGAGAUCAAUAAAACCUGUUCUUUCGAUUUUAA